GCAGUUCAAAGUGCCUAUGACGCCGUUAGAGCAGCUGUUGUGGAAAGUCAAGAAAAAGAGUUACAACAGACCAAAACAGACCUAGUAAAUGCUUUCUUAAAAACGAAAAGUCAGGUAGGACAUUAUGCUGCAGAUGGAACAUAUGUGCCAGCUGGUGGAACUUAUAUACCACCAAACCCUCCAAGAGAAGCACCUGCACCAGGACUACCUAAAACAUUUACAUCGUCACAUGGACACAGACACAGGCAUGCACCAAAACCAACACAACAACCAACAGUUCAAAAUCCAGCACCACAACAA